AAAAUUCAGAAAAAUAAAUUGUUAAGAUGAACUACUCCAAGUAGUUUGAACUACUUACCAUAUGAUGAUGACGUGUCAAGUGAACUACUAACCUGAACCAGUUCUUGAAAGAUGAAAGUAAACAAAAAUAUAAAAAAUAUUUAAAUUGAAUUGCAUUCAUUCAAAAUAAAUAGUUGUGUAGCGAGAAUCGUUGCUGGAACUAUACAUACCUGUAGUUAAAUAGUGUAUGUUACAUCAGAAAAACCUCUUCUUCAGUUUAAAACCAAGAUCGAUAUUCAAUACAAAAUGAAGAUAGUAACUGUUGAGGCACCUGUGAACAUAGCAGUCAUUAAAUACUGGGGAAAGAGGGAUGAAGAGUUAAUUCUACCAAUCAAUGAUUCAUUAAGUGCCACCCUCAGUACGGAUUUUAUGUGCGCUAAAACUACUAUCCUAGCUAGUCCGUUACUGAAAGAAGAUGUUUUUUGGUUGAAUGGCAAACAGCAAUCCCUUGACAAUCCAAGACUACAAAAUUGUUUAAAGGAAAUAAAACGAAGAACCAAUCUUGAGUCGCCAAUACUAAACUGGAACAUUUCAAUUUGUUCGAUAAACAACUUUCCUACUGCAGCAGGUCUGGCUUCUUCGGCAGCAGGAUAUGCUGGUCUAGUUGCUGCAUUGGCUGCUUUAUACAAUAUAGAAGGAGAUAUAACGGGGGUGGCAAGAGUAGGAUCUGGAAGCGCUUGUAGAAGUUUAUAUGGUGGAUGGGUUCAAUGGAACAAAGGGAUAACAUCGACUGGAGAGGAUUCCAUAGCACACCAAAUAGCUCCUCUAUCGCAUUGGCCAGAGAUGAAGGUAUUAAUACUGGUAGUGAACGACGAAAGGAAAAAAUACAGUUCAACUUCAGGAAUGAAGAAAAGUGUGGAAACUUCAGAGCUUCUGCCAUUUAGGGCGAAUACCGUAGUACCUAAGAGGAUAGAGGCUAUAAAGGAAGCCAUUUUGAAAAAGGAUUUUGAAACUUUUGCUGAAAUUACUAUGAAAGAUUCCAACUCUUUUCAUGCUAUUUGUUUGGAUACUCUUCCUCCCUGUGUCUACAUGAACGAUGUCUCCCACGCUAUAGUCGACGUUGUUCAUCAAUAUAAUGCAAUUAAGAAUUCACAUAAGGUUGCAUAUACGUUCGAUGCUGGUCCAAAUGCGUGCUUAUUCUUACUAGAAUCAGAGGUGGAUGAAUUUUUAUCUGUGAUCAAUUAUGUCUUCCAACCACCGACUGAUCUUAAAACUUUAGAAUAUAUAAGAGGUAUAAAAACAGAACCGAAGAUAAUUAAAGACGAGUUAAAAUUGUCAUUCGAACCAAAACAGCAGAAACCUGGGUUUCUUAAAUUUAUCAUACAUACGACCGUUGGAAAUGGUCCAAGAAUUAUAGAAGAUCCUGAAAAUCACUUAUUGACAAAUGAAGGUCUUCCAAAAGAUUUAUAGAUGUUAAAGUGAGAAGAAUUUGUAAACAGUGUGUCAAUUUGAAAAGGCCCCACCCUCUAUAAUUUGGUCCCUAUAGAAAAUCUAAAAAUAUGCAAAAACACCUCAAAUUUAUUUGUGAGGGUGACAUUUUCUAGACCAAUUUUCAACUAAAUUACAUCAACCCUCAAGCGGUGGCGGACACAAAUUAUAGAGGGUGGUACCUUUUCAAAGUAACUUUAAGUGGUAAUUCUACAUGAAAAAAUAAUGAUGGUUUGCUUUAUAAACAAAUGUCCGCAAAUGCUUCGUUUUCGAGAUACGGGGUGUUGAAAUUUUUAUUUCAAACUGCCAAUUUAUUUAUUGCUCUAAGACCGGUUGAGCUAUGAACAUGACAUUUGGUGGGUUUUAAGAAGUAGUUAUUGCGCAUUUUUUGACAUACAACUAUCAUCAUUGGCGCGCCUACGGAUAAUGGUCUGAAUUUUUUUAAAGAAAAAAAUAGUACGCCACUGAGAUAUUUCAAACUAAAAAUUAUUUUUUAAUGUCAUGUUUAAUUUAUGAUAGGAAUCGUUUCUUGACUUUUAUUGAUGUGGUGCACCGUUUUUAUGCAAAAAAAUAAAACAUCUUGGCGCGUAUUUUUCAUUUCCUAAUAAGAGUGCAUUAUCAAGAACUAUUUAAAUACUAAUCUAGAACAAUAACAGAAAAUGUUUCUAAUACGAUUUUAAAUAGGGGCAAAGCUACAACAAAUGUUCAAAAUGACUUUUCACUUAGAGAUGACAGAAGAAUUUUAUAUUUAUCAUUGGCGCGCGUACGGGUAAUGGUCUGAUUUUUUUUAAACAAAACAAUAGUACACCACUGAGAUAUGUCAAAUCAAAAAUCAUUUUUGAAUUCCUCGUUCAAUUUACGUCAAAAAAUCUUUGUUGCCAUUUUUUCAUAUGAGGCGCCGUUUUUAUGAAAAAAAAUAAACAAUCUUAACGUUUACAAAGUAUUUGAAAUAAGUUUCUAUGCCUAUGGAAACUACCUCGAAUACUUUGUAAACGUUAAGAUGUUUUAUUUUUUGUAUAAAAACGGCUCCUCAUAUGAAAAAUGACAGGAUAUACUUUUUGUCACAAAUUAGAGGAGGAAUUCAAAAAUGAUUUUUAAUGUGACAUAUGUCAGUGGCGUACUAUUUUUUUCUUUAAAAAAAAUUCAGACCAUUCCCGUAGGCGGCCAAUGAUGAAUAUAAAAUUCUUGUCACCUCUAAGUGAAGUCGUUUUUAACAUUUGUUGUAGCUUUGCACCUAUUUAAAAUCUUGUUAGUAAUAUUUUCUGUUAUUGUUCUAGUUUAGUAUUAUUAUAUUAAAUAGUUCUUGAUAAUGUAUUAAGAAGUAAAAAUACGCGCAAAGAUGUUUUAUUUUUUUGCAUAAAAACGGAGCACCAUAUGAAAAAGAGUCCAGAAAGGAUUUUUAUCAUAAAUGAACCAUAGAAUUUAAAAAUAAUUUUUAGUUUGAAAUAUCACAGUGGCGUACUAUUUUUUUCUUUAAAAAAAUUCAGACCAUUACCCGUAGGCGUGCCAAUGAUGAAUACAAAAUUCUUAAUUGUAUGUCAAAAUAUGCACAAUAACUACCUCUUAAAACCCACCAAAUUUCAUUUUCAUAGGUCAACCAGUCUUAGAGCAAUAAAUAAAUUGGCAGUUUGAAAUAAAAAUUUCAACACCCCGUAUCUGGAAAACGAAGCAUUUACGGACAUAUGUUUAUUGAGCAAACUGUCAUUAUUUUUUUAUGUAGAAUUACCCCUUAAAGUUUUUCAUACUUAUUUACUAACACCCUGUAUAAAUACAAAUAGGGGAUUUAUUUUCAUCUACAUUACGAAAUUUAGUUUGUAUAUGCUUACUUAGUGGUGCUUGAUUUUUUUAUGUCAUUAAUUUUAUAAUAAAAGACAUUUUUAA